UUCUCCCAGCUGUUUCCUGUCUACAGUGUCUGUGUUUUGUAGAUAAAUGUGAGGAUUUUCUCUAAAUCCCUCUUCUGUUUGCUAAAUCUCACUGUCACUGCUAAAUUCAGAGCAGAUAGAGCCUGCGCAAUGGAAUAAAGUCCUCAAAAUUGAAAUGUGACAUUGCUCUCAACAUCUCCCAUCUCUCUGGAUUGCGCUUUGCCUCAUUAUUCCUGCUAACCAAUUCAUUUCCAGACUUUACUCUUCAGAAGCCAUGGGAAAAAUCAGCAGUCUUCCAACUCAAUUAUUUAAGUGCUGCUUUUGUGAUUUCUUGAAGGUAAAGAUGCGCAUCCGGUCCCUCUCGCAUCUCUUCUACCUGGCCCUGUGCUUGCUCACCUUCACCAGCUCCGCCACGGCCGCACCGGAGACGCUCUGCGGGGCUGAGCUGGUGGAUGCUCUUCAGUUCGUGUGCGGAGACAGGGGCUUUUAUUUCAACAAGCCCAUAGGGUACGGCUCCAGCAGUCGGAGGGCCCAGCAGACUGGCAUCGUGGAUGAGUGCUGCUUCCGGAGCUGUGAUCUGAGGAGGCUGGAGAUGUACUGCGCACCUCUCAAGUCCGCCAAGGCGGCCCGCUCCGUCCGUGCCCAGCGCCACACCGACAUGCCCAAGACUCAGAAGUAUCAGCCUCCAUCUACCAACAAGAAAACGAAGUCUCAGAGGAGAAGGAAAGGAAGUACACUUGAAGAACACAAGUAGAGGAAACGCAGGAAACAAGAGCUACAGGAUGUAGGGAGAUCCUUCUGAGGAGCGAAGAAGGACAGGCCACCGCAGGACCCUUUGCACAAGUUACCUGUGAAACACCGACCAAAAAUCAGUUUGAUGAUAUUUCAAAAAUGGGCAUUUCCCCCAAUGAAAUACACAAGCAAACAUUCCAGCAUUGUCUAUAGGAGUGAUUGUUCAAAGCUUUGCACCUUGCAAGAAAAAAAAAAAAAAAGAGGUUCAGGAGUUGAUAGAUUGCUGUUGAUUCUUUAUCAAUAAUAUUCUAUAGAAUAUUAAUCCCUGCCGCUUGAGAGCCACAAAUGCAUGGGUGUCCUAGAGAUUCAGCUGCACUAAAUUGUCCUCCGAAUCUUGGCUGCUGGAGCCACUCAUUCAGCAACCUUGUCAAAGUGGUUUAUGAAUUGUGUCCUUAUUUGCACUUCUUUCUACACCACACAGGCUGUUUUGCAGAAUUUCACAGUCUUCAUCUAUCCCUACCACCACCUUCAUAACAUUUUUAUGUGCCAAAUUUGGUCUCCUCAAAAGCAGUAGAAGAUAGUCAAGUAGCACACCAAUUCUUAACCCACGAGUUUCCACCUGUGGCAUUUGUAUCAAAUAUAAGUUGAAUGCAUUUAUUUUAGACACAAAGCUUUAUUUUUCCACAUCAUGCUAAAAAUGUAAUACAAAUAGUUGCAACAUGAGGCCAAUCAUUUUUAGGCGUAUGUUUUAAACAUAGAAUGUCUCCUCAACUCUCAGUGGUUCGCUCGAAGGAUGAGUUAGCAUGCAACCUGUGUAGUCACUUCUUUUUAUUUUUUCCAUAUAGAGCACUAUGUAAAUUUAUCAUAUCAGUAAUACAGGAUCUAUCAAACAGUAUGUAAAACUUUGUUUUUGUUUUUGUUUUUUAGUACAAUGGUGCUAUUUUGUAGUUUGUGAUAUGAAAGAGUCUGGCCAAAACGCUAAAAGGUGAAAGCAAAACAAAAAGGAAAACCUGGAGCCAACGUUGGCACAAGGAGGAAAGAAAUAAAAAAAAGUCCACCUGUUUAGGAAGAAAGGCAAGUGUGCCCUCCCCCAUCCCACCCCCUGUCCGUACACACACGAUUAUGUUUUUCAAGAAUCCACUAAUGCAAACUGGAUGGGUGAGACCAGAGAGGAAGCCUUGGAAUGGGAAAAAGCAGAAGGCUGGGCAUUUUAACAGCCUCAGCUGCUUCUUCUAACUGAAGAAAUUAGCAUCGGUCAACUCUGCCAGGGACUUGCCACUGUGUGACCUUGGGCAAGUCCCUUCACCCCUCUGUGCCUCAGUUCCCCCAUCUGCAGAUGGGGACAAUACAUCAUGUACCUACCUCAAAGGGGUGGCAUGAGGGCAAAGAGUGAAAGCUUCCAUCUCGGACCUUGUGUCGCUAUGAGGGGUUAACAUCAGAGCCGUAGAGUGGCUAAGAUGCAGGAAGUUUUACAUGACCCAUUCACAGUCUCUCUCUAGAAACUGGCUAAUGCCUCUGACAGCACCAUUCAUCUGAGUGAAGAUAGCCCACUCACUAGUUGGCGACAGCUCACAGCUCCGUCUCCUUGAAAACGCUUUCAAAUAAGUGGGAAAUAUUUGAGGUACUGUUUUUGAAUUCUGUUUGGAUUUGUGAGUACACAGAUAGUUAAAGAGCAUAGUGGAAGAGAAAAAAGGAAGAAAUCAAAAAGAUCCCCACCCAUGGUUAGGAAUUAUUUCAUGUAUUAGCUCUCCUGAAACAUGCAGGCAGUUACUUUCUAGUAAUACCUCUUUCUUAACGCUGUAAAAGACAUUCUAUUUGUUUUGCAGCGAAUGGGAUUUUCUUUUCUUUUUAGGCAAAAAAUAAAAUCGCCCAAGACUUUGAAAAUAUUGGAACAGUAUUUUAGUUUUAAAAAGUCACAAAAUUACUUUUUUACACAAUCUUUACGCUUAUCUUUUGUUGAAUCAAGAUAACUUUGAAAAUUUUACUGCUGUUGUUGAAAUGUGCUGACCAGAGCUGCUUACUAAAAGCAAAAAUUCCUUUUGCCUUUCUAUCUGUUUAAAAUGGUAGUCUCUGGCUCUGUAUUGAUGUGUCUUAGACAUAACAAUGAAUAUUCAGAAAACUCAAUAUUGAGGGUGGGUCCAGGAUAGCCUAAAAAUGUCAUCCAUGUGUGGAUCAAGAUCUAAUUAGAACAGAAUCACCAGGCAUUCAGAUCUUUCUAUUAGCAUGAGAACAUUUUGGCAAAAAGCAUCCAUGCUUGGUAGCUUUCUGCAAAUUUUGUCCUUUGCAUUCUUGGAGACUGUAUCUCAAACACAAGCGAACAGAUCAGAUCUUUAGCUUUCCCGCUCACUAAUUCACCUCAAAGUGUGAGGGCCAGAAAAAUGAAAAGGUUUUUCAGGAUCUCUGACAAAAUUCCAGAAAAGGCUCUGGUUCUUUUAUUAGUCCUGUUUAGUUCAUGAGUGUUGAAAUCCCAACCCCCAGAGUUUUUUCAAUUGGAUCUUGGACAUGCUGAGCAGUGUGUUCAUUCCCAUGGUCUAAAGUCAAAGAAAACAUACAUCACUCUCACUCUUUGUUUUGCAGACUUACGUCUACUAUUGAAGAAGAUGUUAGAUUCCUUUUCCCGUAACACUUCCAGUGUUGCUUUCUUGUUUUCAGUUUGUACCUUUGAAAAUAACUUAUUCCAACAAAACUCUGCAGUCGCAGUCUUCAGAUUAAGGAUUUUCAAAACAAUUCUGCAAAUAUCUGUUACUUACUCUCUUCACUAAACUUUAUGAACAGUUAAAAACUCCCCCUUUGUACAGGAAAGCUUAAAUAGUUGAUGCUAUCCUUUUCCACAACACAUAUCUUUCCCACUGUAUCUCAAAUCAAAUAAUUAAAAAUUAACUAUUAUUUUUACAUAAAUUAAUAUCAGAUGAAAAUCGAUAGAAAUUAUGUAUAGUCAACUGAUCACUACAGAAUGAAGCAAAAUGACCCAGCGUGAUAAAAGGAGGGGCACUUAAAAUUUCUCAACUUAAAUCUUGAUAAGCUCUGCUUUCAAAUAACAUUACUACACAUUUUAGAAUAGAAAAAUUACAAGAGGUUUUUAAAAAGACUCUAAAUGUUGGUAAGAAUGGCCUUUUAUUUUUAAAGCUUAGUUAUCAAUGUACUUGAAACUACUCAACACUUGUCAAAUUUCAGUUUCCACUUCCAAAAGGAGCCUAAAGUGUUAUUUGAAUAUUUAAGAUGAAACAGCUCCUAUGAGAAGGUUAAUACUUUUCUUCAAUAGAAAGCCCUCUUCCAGAAGUGAAGAAAAAUUCAACAUCUAACACACACACACACACACCCUUAGAAGUCACUGCCUUGAAAAUCUUGUUAAAAACGAAAGAGCCUGGCCUGCCUUCAGCAUCAUUCCCCUCCUUGAAAUGUCAGUGUGUAUGUAGAUGCACCCAACCCAUGCAUGCGGUUCCAGGAUUUCUGUUACUAGUUGAUGCAUUUGAGAAAAACACUUAGGAUGGAAAAUGUAGCGCAUUUUGCUUUCCCAUUUAUUGUUUGGCCAGCUAUGCUAAUGUGGUGCUAUUGUUUCUUUAAGAAAGUACUUGACUAAAAAAAAGAAAAAAAAAGAAAAAAAAAGAAAGCAUAGACAUAUUUUUUUAAAGUAUGAAAACAACAAUCCAAUAGAUAGAUGGCUUAAUAAAAUAGCAUUAGGUCUAGCCACCACCACCUUUCAACUUUUUAUCACUCACAAGUAGUAUACUGUUCACCAAAUUGGAGUUUGGAGGGUACAGGGGCAGAAGCAGAAAUUUUUAAAGAUUAGAAGGCUCCAUUAUUUUAUUGGCUCUCAAACUCAGCAAAAGUUAGCAACAUGUGAUCUAAUCUGAACACCCUAAUUUAGAGCUUGGAAUAUAAGGGGAGAGUGGGGAGACCUUCUAGGCCCAUGGCAGAACUGAACCGAUGGUUAAGUUGUUAUCGUGUGUAUGUGUGUGUGUGUGUGUGUGUGCGCACUCUGCUUUAAAAUAGAUACCCAGCAAGUGAUGAAAAUUAAAACAAAGAGGAAAAGCUACUAGAAACUGCUUCUUCUGCCACAUCCUACUUGGGUACUCUGGUGUUUACUGGUUUGUAGAACAUUCUCCCUUCAUCCAAACAUCUCACAGAGCAGUAGCUCUCCUUAAAGCAAUCCCUGAUAUCAUUGGGAAAUGUUGAAAAGUAUUUCCUUAUGAGAUGGGAGUUACCUACUGAUAAAGAGAAGGAAUUUAUAAGAAAUUGUUGAAAGAGAUGGCUAACAAUCUGUGAAGAUUUUUUUGUUUUCUUUUUUGGUUUCUUUUUUGCUUUAUACAGUCUAUACGAAAAUCUUACUGUUCAAAUCUGACUUGGUCCUUUUCUUCUGUAUUCAUAUUGGAAUGAAGUUUAAUAAGUUAAGCCCACCUAGACUCUUUAACCUUUAGGCUACGUAGACAUAUAUGUUAAUUUCUCAAAUCAGACAAAUCAGUCUUAAAAGACAAUUUAUUAUAGCAGAACUUGUUUGGCUGUCCUUCUAAGAAAGAUCUUCCCAUUCAAAUCAUUUGGACUUUCCUAUUAAUGUUUUCAAAAGAUGAAAUCUGAUUUAUACUACAGCAUGUUUUAUUUCCAAAUAGAAUGGUGAGCCUUUAUGCCCUGCCCUUCAAUAAUGAUAAAGUUCCAGAUCUAAGAGGGGGGAACAAAAGGAAAUUUCCAUUGAUUCUUUCUUUUUGUUUUUUAUUUCAAUGCUAGUAUUUAAUCCUAUAGUACAUAUUUGCUUAUUGCUAUUUUAAUAUUCUAUACAACUUUCUUGUUAGAUAUUAGAAACUGAUACACAGAUAUCAUUUUUGUGUGAUUUCUAUUUUUUAAAAAAAAUGAGGAGACAAAAGAUUGAAGCUUUAAGUAUACAUGGUACAAGAUAAAGAUAUCAAUUUAAAUAACCACAUCCUAUCUGAAACAAUCCUUUUUUUUUUUUUUAAUUUUUUAAGGUAAUCUCUCAUAGCUAAGAUAGAGGCCCAGGGGAUUUUUGAAACAUUCUUUAUCCCUCACAGUCCCUGCAUUUUUAGUAUCUGCCUCAGUUCCUUAUACAGGGUUGUCCAGUUUGAAACCCCAAAAUUAAAGGAAUCGCUUUCAAAACAUGUAUUUCACACUAUCAUCACUUAAUGGACAAUGACAUUGAUCUUGAGCAUGGUCCCUUCUCCUUCCGCGUUUUUCAGUUGUCACUGAUAUGAUCAUUCAAGAGGAAACAAAAACAUCAUUUAUUUUUUUUAAAUAAGAGAACACAAGAAUAUAAAUGUUCCUGCCAAACUGAAAUGCAAGCUAAGCUGGAGAUAACUUUUUGCCUACUUGAUAAUUUGGGCUGAAUCACCUGUCACUUUCAAAAUGACCUUUCUCUAAUCUUAGAUUUUACUUUUUAAAAAAUUACUCAGACCCCAAAGUAAACAGGCCUUUUUUUUUUAACCCAACGUUUGCUGAGGCAAAGCAGCAAACGAUGAAAACAGAACUCCAUAAUCCUUUCCGCACCAUCACUGACCCUGCUCAGAAAUAAAGUUGCUCCUCUUAAUCCUUUAAUCUGAUUUUGUUUGAGUAUUUAUCUUGUACCUGCUGCUAAACACACUGCAGGAGGGACUCUGAAACCUUGUUGUCUGCUCGUGUUUCUUAAUUGUGUUUAUGUAUCAUUAUGUGUACUCAAAAUAUCAAAAACUUUCAAACAUCAUGUAGUUUAUAUUCAGUUUACACAAAAGCUCCAAAUUUCAUGUCAGAUUUCUUUUUGCUAAAAACUAAUGAACCAUGAGAAUUGGGAUUACAUCGUGCAUUUCACUUCAUGUAUUUUUAUCAUGCUUAUAGGUUAAGUGUGAUAAACUUACAGAUGCUGAAUUAAUUUUCCCUGGUACUUUGAAAGCAGAAAACAAUAUUCAUUAUAUACAUGUAAGCUCAAAAGCAUAUUUUUGUUAAAUUAAUUUUGAUUGUGUUUGAAAUUAUUACUCAAUUCAUUUAUGGCAGAAAAAUAUCCAUCCUAAUGACUUCUAAAAAUGUAACUAACUGAAUCAUUAUCUACAUUUACUGUUUAAUAAGCAUAUUUUAAAAAUGUAUGGCUAGAGUGUCAUAAUAAAAUGGUAUAUCUUUCUUUAGUACCUACAUUAAAAUUAAUCAUGUUUGAUUAACUGGUUGUUUCAAUAAUGUUGAUGUAAUGUGUCAUUUAUUUAGAAUUCUACUGUUAUCCAGUGCUUUUACUCAUUAAAGUCAUUGCAACAAAGAAACAUAAAAGCAUACCCAGAAAAAUAAAGCCAAUCAUGUAU